AUGGCACCAACUGUUCAGACCAAUAAAGUGCCUGACAGGGAUCAAAGACAAAGUAGAAAUGCAGAAAAAAGAACUGAAUUAGUUUGUAGGAUAAAAUACUGUAAUACUCUACCGGAUAUUCCUUUUGAUCCCAAAUUUAUUCAAUAUCCCUUUGAUGCCGCUCGUUUUAUAUCUUAUAAGCCAACUACUUUAGAGAGAAACUACAAGUAUGAAGUUUUAACAGAACAUGAUCUUGGAGUAACAAUAGAUUUAAUUAAUAAAGAUGCUUACAAUGCAGAAAUUGGAGCCACUUUGGAUCCAGCAGAUGAAAAAUUAUUGGAAGAAGAUGUUCUUACUCCACAGGAUUCCAUUAGGUCAAGGCAUCAUGCUCGCAGUGUGUCUUGGCUUAGAAGAACUGAAUAUAUUUCAACAGAACAAACUAGAUUUCAACCCCAAACAAUGGAUAAAGUUGAAGCAAAAGUUGGUUAUAGUAUUAAAAAGAACUUUAAAGAAGAUCCUUUAAUAAUGGACAGAGAAAGUCAAAUCAGAGCUAUUGAAAAAACUUUUGAAGAUUCUCUCAAACCCAUUGAAAAACAUUACAGUAAACCAAAUGUUUAUCCUAUUGAAAUAUUGCCAGUGUUUCCAGAUUUUGAUGGCUGGAAAUAUCCUUGUGCUCAAGUAAUAUUUGAUUCUGAUCCUGCUCCUGUUGGUAGAUCUGUUCCGGCUCAAUUAGAAGAAAUGUCGCAAGCUAUGAUAAGGGGAGUGAUGGAUGAAUCUGGAGAACAAUUUGUAGCUUAUUUCUUACCCACAGAAGAAACAUUAGCUAAAAGAAAAGCAGACAUUCAGAAUAAUAUUGAUUAUGAGGAUGAUCAAGAAUAUGAGUAUAAAAUGGCUAGGGAAUAUAAUUGGAAUGUAAAAAAUAAAGCAUCCAAAGGUUAUGAAGAAAAUUACUUCCUCGUAGUUAGAGAGGGUGGAAUGUAUUAUAAUGAAUUGGAGACAAGAGUACGUUUAAGUAAGAGAAGACAAAAACCUGGCCAAGCUCCGAGUAAUACAAGACUAGUUAUUAAGCAUAGGCCAAUUAAUGAAGUAGAAUAUAAAAUGCAAAGAUUUAGAGAAAAACAAUUAGAACAUCCAGGAGAAGAAGAGGAUGAAGAAGAACCUGAAUUGGAACCGGAAACUGUUACUAUUACUAGAACUGGAGAAAAUGGUGAAGAAGGAGACGAAGGAGAUGAAAGUGACAAUCAAAGUGACAAAGACAGUGAUAAAAAAAGCAAUAAAGACGAUAGCGAUAAAGAGAAAGAUGAUAAUUUACAAAAUAAAUCUGAAAAUGAAGAAGGUAAUAACGAAGGUACGGUUGAAAAUUUUUUUUUAGUAAAGUAUCAUGGAGUUUUUAACUUUGUACUUUUAUUUUGUUUGCAACGACGUAGAAAGCGACUCUAA